CACACACCACAUAUAACACUAUUUUCUUGACACUCGUGGUUUCCAUUAUGUUGUGCGUGUUGCGUCAGUGACGUCACAUUUUCUGCGAAUAAUUAAUUUGUUCGAUUGUAGAUUGUUCUAACGACAAUACCUAUUCUAAAAAACUGUUUUAGUUGUAUUACAUGUUGGUGGAACGUGCACUUAGAAUUUCAGUACGUGUACAGAGUACAGUGUUCUAACCUCGGAUCGGAUCAAAUAUGCCAACUCUAAUAUGCCAACUCUUUACGGAUUGAUAUCAAUACUACGGGUUGUUCUUUCGUUGCGCCUGCUACCAACUUGCAAAUUUUGCAAUGAAUGAUCCAAAGAUUCAGUUAAUUUUGUUGAUGUUUCUUCAUCUCUUCUUUGUCUUCGGGCAAAGUGGCACUACACCACCCCCAUCUACUGUUGACGAGGACACAAAGUUUGUAUUAGAUUUGGUGAAAGGUGGGGUCCCAGUAGGGAUCAUCCAACUUUUUCUGCCCUCCGACUCCAAAGGCGCCACUGGACACUGCUUGCGUGAGAAUUCGGACUCGGAUAUUGCCGGAAUGUGUAAUUUUGUGAAAGCAUUUGCAGAAGACUAUGCCUCUAACCCAACAAACGAUUGGAACUCAUGCAGCAAGGAGGAUUAUGUUUGUAAUGCAAUUUAUCGAGCAGCAACUUCCAAUAACACACAGAAGUUUAGUUGUUCAGUAUGGGAACAAGAACCAAUUCGAAAAAGAAUAAGUGAAAAAAUUUAUCUGAAUGACAAAGUGGAAUUAACAGAGAAAAUGAAGACUAGUCGACGUCAAGGGCUCUUUCUUGAAAGGGUUAGUUCAAAGGAAUGCAGUAAGAAAUGCUCAGAUGAGUGGCGACCUCUUUGCAGUGUGUCAGCCUUGCUUUUGGAUUUCUUGCCAAAGGUACCACCUAACUGUCCUAAUACAACUAAUAUGUCACGUAACUCUCCUGAAACAAGUAAUACUGAGAACCAAACUUGCCAAGUGUUUAAGAAUGGAACAGUCAGUUCACUGUCUGCGGGGCACAUAGACAUCGAGUUGCCUAAGAAAUUGAUUACGAAGGAAGUAACUGUGAGUGUCUCACAGUUACUUGAUGGAGGUAAUGUGAAGGUUAGCACGAUGUCUAUCAUGGAAAAGAUGGUGAAUGUGUCUACUAGUACAGCAAAUGUAUCAAUGUCUGGAAGUGUAGUGACAAUACAGAAGAAAGGAACGUUUGUUUCUGCAUCCAUCAACAGCUCGACCAUCAAAGUGUUUACCAAUAAAACAAAUGUGACAAUGUCCACCAAAGGGUUGAAUCUAACGGUGCUCACUGAUACAUUGCCAAUAGCAUUUUCUAUCAACAAAACAAACGUAACAAUAAACAAAAACGUAACAAUAAACAAUGGUUCGAGUGUAGCCUCUAUAGAUGCGAACUGGACGUGUACCAUUUCACAACAAGCAAAUCAAAGAGAAGAGGCAACUACACAAAACAGCACAGCUGCCACAAAAGCAAAUCAAGGCAAAGAGACAAAUGCACCAACAAGCACAGUUAUCACAACCAUUUCCCUAUCUUCCUAUAUUAUUUACAUUGCAAUAGCCGGUGCCAUUUUGGUUAUUGUGGGCUACAUCGCGUAUCACAAUCGUGACUAUCUUUGUAAGCUCAUUGGCAAAGGAGGACAACGAGGACGACCAAAGAGAAAGAACUACAAGCACCUGAAGUCGUUGAAAGACGCAUUCCCAUGACGAAUUUCAUGUACGUCGAUUAGUUCUCAUGCUGGCUAUAAGAAUGUAAUGAAAAUGUAGUUGGUAGUUCGUAGUCAUUUUGUAGGGUCAGUGACAGUUGAUUUCAGGUCUAUUGAGAGAUUGAGCGCUUGCAGUGUGAUUAUGCUUUGUCCAGAAGACGUGUCGAGUGUCUUCAAUCAAUGGUAGUUAUAUACUCUGGUGUCACUGUGUCUUGUCAUAUGUAUAGCAUUUGAGGUUUGGAAAAGGGAUAGUCCUGAUAACUUUGUUACCUGCCAACGAAGCAAAUGUCUCAUGCAAUACUGG